AGAUCAAUAAAACGUUUUGAAAUUCCGCUUCAGGUUGCUGAGCAAACUGUAAACAUCAAGAUUGAUAUGGAUUUUAUGGUUCAUGGUUCACCAACACCAAGAAAUCAUGAGCGAGCUAUUCCAGGUAGUGCACGGAAUCGACCUGGAAGUGGAAGACCACCAAGCGCAAAGCCAACAGUAAACAGAAAUCCCAUAACUGGAGAGGAGAAACCUAUUAGUAAGCCUGAUGAUAAACCUCCCAGUAGGCCAGACAGCAGACCAGUUGGGGUACCUGCUCUGAAUCUUAAGGCUUUCCAGCACGAAGAGCACACAGUGUCCAAACCAAUAGAAAUGAUAGAUUAUCCAGACACAGGGAGAUCUGGGGUGUCUACUAUAAGUUGGGGUACACCUUGUUCAUCAGCUAGAUACAACAUGGACAGAACUUCAAGCAGGACAGCAAAUAAGCCACAGAGCGGCAAAAGUGUACGACCAGAUAGUGUUCCUGGUCUUUACUUUGGAUACACUGACGACAACAAACAAAAAGUGAAAGUACACAAAGAAAAACAGCCCACUGCUUGGGACAAAAACCCGUGUCCAGAUGAUUUACCCCCUCCUUCGGAACGAUAUAAAGAAAUGUACCAACAGUAUACUGAUGACAUGAAGCAAUCUUAUAGGGCCAAAAAUCAGUCUGCUACAGAGGAGGAUGUACACAAAGAAAUCGCAGCUGUAAAAAAGUCUCACCCCAAAACUUAUGGAGAGAUUCGAGAUGAGGUAGAAAAAGAAAGUGCCAGGUACGAUGAACCAGAGGAUAUCCUGGACAAGAACUGGGCAGAAAGAAAAUCCUACUCCACACAACAGAUGAUGAAAAUUAUGGAUGCCGAAGAAUUAAUAGAAUUUAACAAGCAGCAGAAAUUAAUCGAAACUGUGAUGAUAGACCAAUUAUCAAGGCCCGUUAUUAGUGACCCAGAACAGAAUAUACGAACACCAGUCCCUAACGAUACCAGGCGAGCAAGGGGAAGUAAUCGAUAUCUUCAUGACUCCAGAGUCAGAACCAGUGCCACUGCCACAGAAAAUUUAUUGUCAAAACGGGUCCGAUUUGGUGCUAGAAUUCUAACAAGAAAUGGGCAUGAUGCUUUAAGAGAGUUAACAGGUUUUUAUUUCCAUGUAGACAACACACUCACAAUAUAUGAAUUUAGACAGUUUGGUAAAAGUGCUAAAGCAUUGCCCUUAAUAAAGAGAGGGAAAUACAAGCACCUGACAGGAGGCAGAAAGAAUGAGCCAUACACACUGUUAGAUAUAUACUCAGGAGCAAAUCUGAUAAUUUCCACGGAGGGCCAGCACUCUCUACCAGACACCAUGAAGAAAGCUGACCAUGUUUACUUCCGAGUAACAGAUGUGGACGAGGCAGCAAAACAGGAACUCAUUGCUAGUGAUAUGCCAACCACCUACAGACAAGGUCUUCAGAAGUCCAUUGAUGCAGAUGUACAGAAAGUGGUGGCUGCUGUACAAGCUGAGGUGCGAGAGAAGAUAAAGAAGAGAGGUAUAAAGACAUACACAGGACUGGGCCGGUACUACAGGGAGAGAGAUGAGAGGGGGGACGGAGUUAUGUACAGGUUCCAGCUGGAGAAAGGACUGUUCACAUUCCACAUAGAUCUUGAUCCCGAGUUACUGGAUGCCAUAUUUGAAGCAUUAGAUGUAGACGAGACAGGAGAAUUAGACUACAGUUUGUACAUGAGGGAGGUCCUAGGACAGAUGAAUGAAUAUCGCAAGUCUAAAGUCAGAAAGGCCUUCAAAAAGUUAGACUCCAGUAAGAGUGGUAGAGUCACAGUGAUGGACAUCAGGAAAUACUUUAACAGUAAAUUCCGCCCACCUCCACAAGCAGCUGGUGUUGUCCCCGGGAUGAACCCAGUGCAGGCCUUCCUAGAGGCUGUAACAGCCUCCUCAAGACAGGAGAGUGUGUCUUAUGUAGAGUUUGAGGAAUAUUACGAAGGACUUAGUCUGGCCAUUGAGAAAGACGAGGACUUUGUCAACAUUCUUCAUAACACAUGGAAUGUCUGAAAUAUAGGAUUGAAUUAGAACAGGUGUGAUAGUAACAGAACUUCUUGGACAGGUAUUGGCAGUGUUUGAUAAUAGCCAGGAGUUUUCCAGAGGAGAUGAAAAAGUAUUAGAUUAAAAGGAAACUUGUGUCUAGAUCAUUUAAAUUUACCAGGAAGUUCAAACCCUUUGUGUGUAAAAGAUAGAUAGAUGUUUGUGCAAGUAUGGGAAAUCAGAAAUGGAGACUUUUAUAUAAUUUAAGAACACAAGUCAAAAAGGUUCAGGGUAAACAUGUGCUAGAAGUAGGAGUUGUCGUAGUUAUUAAAAAAUUUAUGUAUAUUGCUAUUGUUUCCACAAAGAACAGAAGAAAAGACAUUCUUAGUAUAGGAAAGAAAGACCAGAUACGUUUAAUGGUAUGGAAAUAAGUACAGAGCAGAAAGUCAGAACAUUGAUUCCGGUGAUUAAUAAUAUGUGUUUUAAAGAAUUUGAGCUAUGAAAAAAAAUGUUUUGUUCCAAAAAUGGGAGCAUCAUGAGUUUUGCCACCUUGAAGAGAAUUACAGAAAAUAAAAAUUGAACAUAUAUUGCCAAAACAAUUUGAUAAUACAUGUAUAUACAAUGUAUGUAAAUUUGAUUUAUUGCCUACAAAAUACAUUCAUGCUUGCUUGUGAUGUAAACGUGUAUGUCUAUAUCUCAGGAACAAAGUUUCAUUUUUCCUUUGAUGAUUGAAUUAGAAAUUUUGUUUUAUGAAUUUUG